AUGGCAUGCGUGAGUGCACCCCGACGCCUUCUCGCGUCACCCAAGGAGCGCCGUGACGUCAUCCUGUCGUCAUGCGUGGAGGAGCUGCGCGAUGACUAUGAGCGCGCGGUGAAGCGGGCCGUCCUGGAUUACAUAAUCGCGUCCCCUGUGGAGCGCGAGCGUCUCAUGUUGGAGCCUCUGGAGCCGCUGCUGCGGCCGGCCGCCUACGACCCUGCCGGCCCCAGCGCCGGCGGCAGCGGCGUGCUGGUCGGCAGCGGCGGCGCCCGCUACCACCUGCCGGCCUUCCAGACCUCAGCCGCCGCGGCAGCUUCGCGGCGGCUGCCCCAGGAGUGGUCCGCCCACGUUGCGUCCGCCAGGGAGGAGAUCGCUUGGACGCUGCAGACGCUCAAUCCAAACGCGUUGGAGCUGCGAAAGGUGUGGUUCGACGCGGGCUACGUGGCGGCGCGGCUGGUGGACACGGAGAGCGGGGAGUUCCUGGCGCGGCUGCCGGCACAGGCGGAGGCCUUCCGCGCCUACCAGCUGUCCGUGUGCGAGCAGCUCAAGGCGCAGCUGUGGACGCACUGGCUGCCAAAGUGCGCCGACGUCUUCCGGCGCAUGCCGCCGGUGCCCAUAAACGGCGACGCCGCCGCAUACUUCAGCAAGGCGCUGUGGGCGGUGCCGGCGGUGUUUGAAACAGAGCUUGUGGCGGAGGCAGGCGCGGUCGGCUUCCGUCCCUUGCUGGCGAGCAGCGAGGCCGCCGCGCUCGCGGUGCUGGACGCGGCAGUGGCCGCGGCCUGCGGCCUGCCGCGCAUCGGGCGCGGGACGCUGUCGGCGGGCGUGCCGCCGGCGGCGCCGGCCGCCGGGGCGUUGGGGACGGGCGGGACAGGCCCAGGGAGCCAGGGCGGCGGCGGCAGUGCCGGCGGCGGCGGGCAGGGCGGCGCCGGGGUGAUCCCGGCCGCGGGCCUGUCAGAUUCAGGGGUGGUCGCGGCGCGCGAGGAGCUCCGCUCAAUCCUGUCAGCCAACGCCGAGGCGCCGCGGCAGCUGGCCGCCCUGUUCGAGCCUCUGCUGUAUCUCUUGACCCUCGACCCGAAUCAGCACGCGGCGCGAACGCUCGCGGCCUGCGGCGGCGGCAUCGCCGUCGCGCCCGCCGCCACGCUCGCACCUGCGCCGGCACCCGCGCCGGCGCCCGCUGGCGCCGGGACAGCGGGCGGCGGCGGCGGCGUUGGCGGCGGCAGCGGCGGCGGCCCUGACCUGGUGGCAUAUGGUCAGGAGGUGGACCGGCUGCUUGCAGCGGCGGCGGACGCCUGGGCCACGUGCAGCAACGAUGUCCGCACGGGCCUGUACGCCGUGCGGACGGCGCGCUUCAAAGCUCAGCUGGCCGCGGCAGCCGAGGCGGCUGCGGGCGCUCUCCUCGAGCUGCUGCGCACCCAGGUGCGCGAGGCCAACGAGCGCGUGGCGCGUGAGUACUCGGUGAUGGCUGCUGAGAUGGCCAAGCCCGCCACCAGCGGGGAGGAGGCGCUGGCUCUGAAGCGGUACAUCGGCAGGUGCGGCCUGGAGAACGAGCGGCUGAGGGAGGUUCUCUCCACCAACAAGGCGCGGGACGAGUUCCUGUAUGGCUACAGGUGA